AUGUUUGAAGAUGACUCUAAAUUAAUACCCUGCCCUCAUAAGGGAUGUAACAAGUUAUUCAAAGAUAAUUCUUCGAUGAGGAAACACAUACAUACACAUGGUCCCAGAGUUCACGUCUGUGCCGAGUGCGGUAAGGCAUUUAUCGAAAGCUCAAAACUACGUAGGCACCAGUUAGUUCACACAGGGGAAAAGCCUUAUCAGUGCACCUUUGAGGGCUGUGGCAAACGAUUUUCGCUGGAUUUCAACCUAAGAACCCACGUCAGAAUCCACACAGGUGACCGUCCGUACGUCUGCCCAUUUGAUAACUGCAACAAAAAGUUUGCCCAGUCCACUAAUCUGAAAUCUCAUAUUUUAACGCAUGCCAAGCAAAGGUUGUGUUUCUUGUUGUCGAGAUGUGUUAUGGUUUUAAUUUUUUUCGUUUAUUUGUUUCGUAGCUUGGUUUUAGUUUAA